AUGGAACAAGUAGAAGAGUCAUCUAAGAGAAUUCUGUUGGAGCCAUACAACUACCUACUUCAGUUACCAGGUAACAUUUCACUUUUAAGUUCUUUGUUGUUGUUGUUUAGUCAUUUAGUCGUGUCCGACUCUUCGUGACCCCAUGGACUAGAGCACUCCAGGGACUCCUGUCUUCCACUACCUCCUACAGUUUGGUCAGACUCAUGUUGGUAGCUUCUAACACUGUCCAACCAUCUUGCCCUCGGUCGUCCCCUUCUCCUUGUGCCCUCAAUCUUUCCCAACAACAGGGUCUUUUCCAGGGAGUCUUUUCUUCUCGUGAGGUGGCCAAAGUAUUGGAGCCUCAGCUUCACAAUCUGUCCUUCCAGUGAGCACUCAGGGCUAAUUUCCUUAAGAAUGGAUGCAUUUGAUCUUCUUGCAGUCCAUGGGACUCUCAAGAGUCUCCUCCAGCACCGUAAUUCAAAAGCAUCAAUUAUUCGGCGAUCAGCCUUCUUUAUGGUCCAGCUCUCACUUCCAUAUAUCACUACUGGCAAAACCAUAGCUUUAACUAUAUGGACCUUUGUUGGCAAGGUGAUGUCUCUGCUUUUUAAGAUGCUGUCUAGGUUUCCCAUCGCCUUUCUCCCAAGGAGCAGGCAUCUUUUAAUUUCGUGACUGCUGUCACCAUCUGCAGUGAUCAUGGAGCCCAAGAAAGUAAAAUCUCUCACUGCCUCCAUUUCUUCCCCUUCUAUUUGCCAGGAGGUGAUGGGCCCAGUGGCCAUGAUCUUCGUUUUUUUUUAUGUUGAGCUAAGACUAUAUUUUGUGCUCUUCUCUUUCACCCUCAUUAAAAGGUUCUUUAAUUCCUCCUCACUUUCUGCCAUCAAGGUUGUGUCAUCUGCAUAUCUGAGGUUGUUGAUAUCUCUUCCAGCGAUCAUAAUUCCGGCUUGGGAUUCAUCCAGCCCAGCCUUUCGCAUGAUGAAUUCUGCAGAUAAGUUAAAUAAGCAGGGAGACAAUAUACAACCUUGCCGUACUCUUUUCCCAAUUUUGAACCAAUCAGUUGUUCCAUAUCCAGUUCUAACUGUAGCUUCUUGUCCCACAUAGAGAUUUCUCAGGAGACAGAUGAGGUGAUCAGGCACUCCCAUUUCUUUAAGAACUUGCCAUAGUUUGCUGUGGUCGACACAGUCAAAGGCUUUUGCAUAGUCAAUGAAGCAGAAGUAGAUGUCUUUCUGGAACUCUCUAGCUUUCUCCAUAAUCCAGCGCAUGUUUGCAAUUUGGUCUCUGGUUCCUCUGCCUCUUCUAAAUCCUGCUUGCACUUCUGGGAGUUCUUGGUCCACAUACUGCUUGAGCCUUCCUUGUAGAAUUUUAAGCAUAACCUUGCUAGCGUGUGAAAUGAGUGCAAUUGUGCAGUAGUUGGAGCAUUCUUUGGCACUGCCCUCCUUUGGGAUUGGGAUGUAGACUGAUCUUCUCCAAUCCUCUGGCCACUGCUGAGUUUUCCAAACUUGCUGGCAUAUUGAGUGUAGCACCUUCACAGCAUCAUCUUUUAAAAUUUUAAAUAGUUCAGCUGGAAUACCAUCACUUCCACUGGCCUUGUUAUUUGCAGUGCUUUCUAAGGCCCAUUUGACUUCACUCUCCAGGAUAUCUGGCUCAAGGUCAGCAACCCCACUACCUGGGGUGUACGAGACAUCCAUAUCUUUCUGGUAUAAUUCCUCUGGGUAUUCUUACCACCUCUUCUUGAUGUCUUCUGCUUCUGUUAGGUCCUUACCACUUUUGUCCUUUAUUAUGGUAAUCUUUGUACAAAAUGUUCCUUUCAUAUCUCCAAUUUUCUUGAACAAAUCUCUGGUUUUCCCCAUUCUGUUGUUUUCCUCUAUUUCUUUGCAUUGCUCGUUUAAGAAGGCCCUCUUGUCUCUCCUGGCUAUUUUUUGGAAAUCUGCAUUCAAUUUCCUGUAUCUUUCACUAUCUCCCUCGCAUUUUGCUUGCCUUCUCUCCCCCGCUAUUUGUAAGGCCUCAUUGGACAGCCACUUUGCUUUCUUGCAUUUCCUUUUCAUUGGGAUGGUUUUCGUUGCUGCCUCCUGUAUAAUGUUACGAGCCUCCAUCCAUAGUUCUUCAGGCACUCUGUCCACCAAAUCUAAAUCCUUAAACCUGUUCCUCACUUCCACUGUGUAUUCAUAUGGGAUUUGAUUUAGAUUGUGUCUUACUGGCCCAGUGGUUUUUCCUACUUUCUUAGGUUUAAGCUUGAAUUUUGCUGUAAGAAACUGAUGAUCUGUGCCACAGUCAGCUCCAGGUCUUGUUUUUGCUGACCAUAUAGAACUUCUCCAUCUUUGGCUUCACCAUGACAAGGCAGUGAUCCAUGGAGGAGCUUUAAGUUCUAGUAAUGUCUAAAACUAGUAUCUAAACUGAUGCCCGUAGCAAUCACUUUGUUUUGUCUACUGCAUGUUUUCAGCUUAAAGCCUAGGGUUGGUGUCACAUAUCUUUCAAACCACCCUUUAAUUUCUGACCAGUGCUAUCCAACCAUCACAUAUCCUGUGCUUUCUCUUUUUAAAUUAUACUCAUUUCUUAACAUUAGUGUUAUCCAAACUUCUCCAUCUAAAUUUCUGACCAGCUCUACAUGUGAUUAGCUUAAGCAAUACUGUAACCUCUUGAAAUUUCCAGACUGCUUACUCCCUGUGUCUGAUCAUAUGUUUUCUCAGUGUUCUGGUUGAAGAAGUGUUAUAAAUGACUGGGCUUCUGCUCCUAGGUAAAUGCUUUUAUAAUACCUGAUUCUGAUCUGUUUGUAUCUUACUACCCACCUUCCUUUCAUCUCUGUACUUGCUGUCCACUAUAGCUAGCGUAUUUUAAAGAUCUUGGAUUUUUAAUAUAGAUUUGCACAUGUUUGAAGAUUACCUAUCCAGAUCCUAAGGUCAUCUUCAGAGGCCUUUCUCCAGGUUCCCCCAGCAAAUGAGAUAUGAUGGGUGGGUGGCUAUAUUUUAUAUUUAUUCAGGUAAUUUUUUAUUGUUAACCACCUAAAGAGUAUGUGUUUGGACUGUGUACAAAUGUUGUGUAAAUAUGUUUAACUAUCUCACUGUACCAUUUUCUGAUGCACAUCAGGGCAAUUAAAACUGUGUAGUACAUAGAUAAAGGUACAUCGUACAUUUAGUACAUAGAUAACACCCAUUAACACCUCACUGAUUCUCGCUUGCUUCAAUAACAUUUAAUGUUACAUCCAAACCAACAACUUCACUUUAAUGACAAACUGCAGUUACGGUAAUUUAAAGCAGAAACUAUGUGACUAUACUAGAGGAGGAAAAGGGAGAAUAAAAGCCUGAGGUUCAAGUUUACUCAUUCAUGUACCACUAAAUAUGGACUAGGGUUGUGUCAAAACCAGAUCACUAUGUCUUAAUAGACUUGGUGUUGAAACAUGUUUUCACUGCCAGUACUCAGCUUAAGCUUCAUGCAAGAAUACUUUGUUCAUUUCCAAAAGAUAAGUAGAGAUCCUGUGGAAUCAUCACAUGGUGUGAUGCAUUUUUCUGUUUCAUAACCAAAGCGUUAAAUUACAGGGAAUGUUUACUCAUGCCAUUCCACCUACACUGGUGCCAUUCCACCUACACUUUUUUUUUACAACGGGGUGUCUUGGGUGUGCAUGCUCAGUUUCCUACUUAAUAUCACCUCAGUUGAGGGUGGUUAUUGAUCUACAAGCUAUAUUCAGGUUUCUGAGUUCUGCUGGCUCGUUUCUGUUUUUAAGAUUGUUUGAAUUAUGAGAAAUAAGUUGUUGACGAAAUAAUUCUCAAGUAUAUGUGGUAGUAUAUGUGGGAAAACAUUUGGCUGCUAGUGUGCCACAAGCUUCAAAAUACCUCCCUCCCUCUCAAGUGCUUGUGUAAGCUUGGAAGCCUAAAUAAAUCUUAACAUAAGCUUUCAUAAUGCUAAUGCUAACAUAACAGCAGGAUGAAUACUAAAUUGCUCUCAUUCUCUUUUUACGCAAGAAGUAGUAACUCCUAAGCAAUGCAUUCCUGUAUGUUACUCAUAGUUCCAAGAUGCUUUGGUGAAAUCGCUGGCUGUUAGAUUAAGGUUGCCAUCUUCAUGUAACUCUAGAGAGGAAUUCAGUUGUCUUUUAUAAAAAACGCAAUAACACAGUAUUAUCUAUGCCUGAAUAUAUCUAGUAAACUGAUAUGAAAUUGUAGUUGCCUACUUGAAACAAAAGUAAUCAUUUAUUAUGAUUCUUGCACCCUCUUUAUUGGACAUCGGCUUUUUCUUUGGACCAUUUUUCAAUUUUAAAGUCAUAUCAGAUAUGCACCUCCAACUCACUAUACAUUUGAGGUGGUAAAACGUAAUGUCUAUGUUAAUUUAAAUUCUUUCAAAUAAAGAUUUAAUUCAAAGCAAGAACAGGUCAUACAGUAUGCGAUAGGUGUAAUCUAUCCAACUUUAAAAUUAUUAAGUCACAUUGCCUUCUGUGGGGGAGAUCAAAUAUGUGCUGAAAUUGCCUGUUUAAAAUAUGGGAUUAUAGGUGCUUAACCUUGUGUGGAAUAGUAUUAUAGUUUGACCAUUUAGAUGUACUGGCACAUUAUGGUUUGCCACAUACCAGAGAGGGAGAGAAUCACACUUACAAGGGAAGAAGAAAGCUGCAGGCUUUGUGCUCAUUCCAGGGUCCUUUGCAUUGUGCCAAACUAUGUUUUGGUAUUAUGUCUGAACCCAACUGUAAAGAAUAUUUAUGACUUGAUAAAAAAAUCAUAAAUAUUUAUUUCCCUUCUUGAAGAUAAGCAUAUUUUUUGCUUAUAAUUACCAGUGCUUAUUUCUGAAAUGUUCUAGAGGCUUUGGCUGAAACCCUGUUGAGUCCAUCCUCAAAUAACAGACGUCAUCUUGAAAAAUGAAACUUCACCUUCCUCUUGCAUGAGCCCACAAAUCCGGCCCAGGAGGUCCACUAACCCUAUAGAGCAGAUUGGGGAGCAGCAGGGGAGGAGAGGAAGAGCAAGUCCUAAAUGAAUUCAAAUCUCAAGGGCCUGAAUCCAAGAGUACUAAAGGAACUUGUGGAUGUAGUUUCAGAACCUUUGUCUAUUAUCUUUGAGAAUUCCUGGAGAACAGGUGAGGAGGCAGUCAAAUGUUGUCCCCAUCUUCAAAGGGGGGGGGGGAGACCCAGGUAACUACCGACUGAUCAAUACCAGGGAGGGUCCUAGAACAGAUAAUUCAACAGUCUGUCUGUGAGCAUUUAGAAAAGGAUGCUGUGAUUACUAAGACCCAGCAGGAAUUUCUCAAAAAUAUGUUAUGCCAGACCAAUCUGAUUUCUUUCUUUUAUUUUUGAUGGAAUUACAAACUUGGUGGAUCAGGGAAAUGCUGUGGACAUAGUGUAUCUUUAUUUCAGUAAGGCUUUUGACAAAGUCCCCCAUGAUAUUCCCACCAGGAAGCUGGUAAAAUAUGGAUUGAAUGAGGUAACUAAUAGGUGGAUUUGUAGCUGGUUGACUAACGGAGCCCAAAGAGUACUCAUUAAUGGUUCCUCGUCAUCCUGGAAAAAAGUGAUUAGUGGCAUGCCGUAGGGUCCUGGGCCCGUUGUUGUUCAACCUCUUUAUAAAUGACUUGGAUGAAGGAAUUGUGAGGAUACUCAUCAAAUUUGCAGAUGACACCAAAUUGGGAGGGGUAGCUAAUGCCACAGAAGACAGAAUUAGAUCAAGGGUUGAAGGAGGCUCCUCCCUCCCCGGCUGCUAUAAAGCAGAGGUUGCAGGGCUGGGUAUGUUUAGCCUGGAAAAGAAGAGACUGAGAAGAGAUAUGAUGGCCAUCUUCAACUAUCUUAAGGGCUGCCACAUAGAAGAGGGAGGCAUCUUCAAAUAUCUUAAGGGCUUCCACAUGGAAGAGGGAGCAUGCUUGUUUUCUCCUGCUGUGGAGGGUAGGACUCAAGGCAAUGGCUUCAGGUACUAUGAUUAGUACUAUGUGUUUUAGGAAAUGUUGUUUUGGGUUAGGAGAACUUCUAGUAUGUGCUUUUAGCCAUGAUUUGUGUAUCAUAGAAUUGUAGAGUUGGCAGGGACCCUGAGGGUCAUCUAAUCCAACCCCCUGCAAUGUAGGUACCUCAACUAAAGUAUCCAGGACAGAUGGCCAUGCAACAUAUUUGUAGUUUGUAUUAAAAAGGCAUUUUUUGGCUAAUGUUAGUGAAUUCUAUCUGGUUCAUUAUUCUGCUGUUGCUAGGCAAUGGUUUCUGGUCAGUCAGCCUUCAGAUGUAUAGAAGGUUGUUGUUGUUGCUAGACAAAAUUCUCCCAUACCAAGCCCUUGAAGAGUUUACAAUUGAAAAAGGCCAAAAGGGUAGAGGUUACGUGUGACAGGUAGGAGAAAUUGCAGGAGAGGAGUUUAAAAGUUUGGGAGGUGAGGGGUGAAUGCACAGCACUGAUGGGCAGCUUUUUAAGGCAGAGAAAAGGGGAAGGGGAUAUGUGUGUGCUGAAUCUUUUAUAUUUCCAUUCCAUUCUUUAAAGGCUAAGCUUGCCAGUUAACCUGAAGCCCUGUUUGGCAUGCUCCUAUAACUUUAACAACUAUACAACUGGCAGAAAUCAGCCAGGGUGAUUGUAGGGCAUGGGAACAAACAUGACCUCCAUAAUGAGCCAGUUGUUGGAGGUAGAGAGUCGGUCCGGAUUUUCACUGUUUGAAAAAUGGCAACCCUAAAUAAGUUGCAUGUGAAUUAUUUCCCUUCUAAAUGGUAUAAUUUAUUAUUUCUUCCUUUCUCAUUUUUGAUUUCAAGUUGAAGCGUUUUAAGCAUAGACGCAAGGCAUAAUCAAAUUCAAUUGACAAAAACCUUUUGAUUUAGAUUAUGUGUCACCUUUCCACAGUGAGCUGUGCACUUCUGAUGUUGGAUUUCCAUGUUAACUCAUGUUCCAAAAUUCUGGAAAACUGUGGCUGUAUGGAAUCCUAUCCUGUGAUUAGUUCCAGCUUCUCUACUACUUUGGAGCUGGUCAGCUGUCAGGGGCAGAAUGGUGAACUUAAGCCCCAGAUUCAAUUUUUUUGUUAACUGAAUAUUUUAAUCAUGGGAAACGCCUCUUUUUGUUGGUAAUUUGUAUUGAUCUACCCUGGAAUUAGUAAAAAGCCCACCCCCCCACCUUUAAAUUUCCUUAGUUUGGAUUGCUUAAGCGAUGGGAUCUGGAGCCCAGUGUGCAUGCUUAGGUGCUGUUUUAUCCUUUUCAUCUUGCAACCACAAUUCUCAGUACUGUUUGAUACCACAUAGGAUUCCCUAACAUCCAGUCAGUUGUUCAAGUGGGAUGGGAGCGCAUGUUGCAGGAAGAAGUGGGAGCCUCAAAUGCUCUCCUGCUUGCAUAAAGAGUUCCCAUACCACAUUUUGGAACCUAGCAAAGAGCUUCUGAGUGGAUUUAAAAUUAAUCCUAAAUUUAUUGAAAUAUCUGGUAAGAUAAAAUUGGCAUGUCAGCCAGCAGUCCUUUGGGGGCAAUCAUGAUCCUCAGAAAUGGUGUCCAGAUUAUCUAUAAUAACAUGUCAACAAAAUAUUUGAAUUAUCUACAUUCCUCUGGCUUGUUUUAACAGAUGCAGCUGCCUUAUAUACAGAUUUGAGCAAAUGGCUGCCCAGAAGUAGUGGAUUGUGGCUACAACUGGGAGUGGUUUUUUCACAAUUUAUGUUCUCUGCCUACAGCCUUAGUUCUGAAAGUACAAAAUUAAAACCACACCUUGAUACCUUAAUGCGAUAAUCAACGUAUUGUAUAAGUGUAAUAAUUUUAGGAUUACCUGUGGUAGUGUUCAGUAGGUAAUGAAAUUGUUAAGCAACAUGCAGCUGUCCUGGACUUCUCAAAUCCCAAUAUAUGUGUCCUAGCAGGACCCUGAAGUAAGUAAAGACUCUACUCCAGCUAGGCCACACUGCAUGUAUCAUCCACUCUACCCCAUACUAUGAAAAUAACUUUUUCUAAACUUCAGCAGUAUUCAUUGGUGAGCUACAUAGCAAAGUUUUCCUGAAUUUGAAUAACUUGCACACACACAAGCACAUGUUCCACUUGACCUAGUGAAGUAUAAUUACUAUGAGUAGUGGCUAGGAAAUUCCACAGACUUUAAUGAUUUCUCCAGGUAAUAAUACCUUUAACGUUUUUUAAAAAUUACAGGAAAGCAAGUCAGAACCAAACUCUCCCAAGCUUUUAAUCACUGGCUGAAUGUUCCUGAAGAUAAGCUACAAGUAAGUUGCAUUCUUAAAUUGAUUUACCUGUAAAUUUAUCCUUUCCAGACUGAAGCUACCAAGUAUUUAAAUGAUCACAAUACUGAAUUUUACAUGUACAUGGUUUUCACACUUGAUAGGAGGUUUGUGCUUUUUGUAUACCAAAUCUGGUUCGUUUCUAAGGCUAGGUACUGUAACUAUGCAGUGAUCCACAAUCAUGCAUGCUGUGAUCACCAUAGGCCCAUAUAUAUUAUGGGAUUGCAAACCUUUUUGGGAUGGUGAGUACAUCUGGAGUCUUGAGUGGAGGGAGACACAAAAUGACUGACACGGUGGGCGUAGACAAUCACAAAACACCCUUUUCACAGAAGGCAAACUGGUGAGGUUGAAAGACAUUCCCAAGAACAUGAGUAUGUCAAUGAUGGGGUCUUAGCCCCCCAAAAUCAAACCACUCCUUUAAACCAAGUUUCCUGCUCCAGUAGAAAACCCAUUUCAUGCAAACUAAUUUUCUUAAUGUACCUCUCGGUAAAUCUCGAUGUACUCCAAAUUAAUAGAAAGAUCACUUCAAAAUAAUUUACUGUAUUUUUCACUCCAUAAGAUGCACCUGACCAUAAGAUGCACCUAGGUUUUAGAGGGGGAAUGCAAGGAAAAAAAAUAUUCUUUAAAGGGAGCGCAGCGAUCCCUCUCGCUGUUCUGGCUUCUGGGAUAGCCGCUUGAAGCCUCUUCAGGGCAGCGGGAUCGGGAUGAAGGCUCCCCAUGCCCUGAACAGGCUUCGCACAGCGAAGCUAGAACAGCAAGAGGGAGCGGUGCGCAGUGGCCCCUCUUGCUGUUCUGGCUUAGCCGCGCAGCCUGCAUUCGCUCCAUAAGGCGCACGCACAUUUCCCCUUUUUAGGAGGGGGAAAGUACAUCUUAUAGAGCAAAAAAUACGGUACUCUGAGUUCAUUAGCCAAACCUAUUCCUGUUGACUCUUAAUUUCCUUAGUCAGACACAGGGCUGGGCGAUACCAGCUAUUCAACAUCGCGGUGUAUCGCCUGCCAAACAUCGCAGUUUGGCGAUAUACCGUGAUGUUGAAAAAACAAGAUGCAUUGGCCUCUGCCCACGAGACACCAGGUGAAACUGCCCAGCUCUCACCUUGAGAGCUGAGGCGGUUUCACCCAGGCUCGCAGGAUGGAACAAUGCAGCUUGUUUGCGCCACCCUGGUGCUCUCGCUGCUUGUGCACAAGUGGCAAGAGCAUCGUUCUCUGCCCGCCCCGCCCCGCUGGUGAAACUGCUACCGCUCCCAAAUCCCUCUGCUAGCAGUGCCCACUGGAUAAAGGAACUCUUGACUCCCUCCAGCAGAUGCUGGCACAGUGGCAGGUUUCACCAGCAUUAUAUCGCUGAGUGAAACCAGCAUCGCGGUCUGCUCUUCUUACUGGUCCUGGGCAAUAUAUCACCCAGGCCUGGUCAGCCAAUUAACUCUGCUCCCAAUGUCUUGUCUCUUCCUUCUUACACAUUUUUCCUCUUAAGCAGGUCCUAGUUGCUCUGCUUUUUCUUUCUUGCUCUGCCCCUGCUGUUUCAUUUUUCAUCCACUCACUCGCUAUUCCCUCAGAGUUGAGUUACUCACUUACUAGAACAAUCCAGUCAGAAUGGUUCAUUCUCUUCUUUUCUGUGUCUGGUUGGAGGGGAAGUAUGGGCAGCACAAGGGAGAGAGAAGAAUGUGAGAGUGAGCACCACCAUUAUAUUUAGUGAGCACACAAAGAAGUAGAGAGCCUGGUGUGCACUCUGCUUGCCCUUUGGGUACACUGGAACCCACAAGUACCAAAGCCAUAAAGCAAAGAGUUGAGAAUAAAAUUGAUACAUUGGGAUCAGAAGUUGAGAUCUGCAACCAGGCUAAGGGAAAGUCAAAAGCUAUUGAAUUGUUGUAGAAGAAACUAGUAGAAUGCAAGACUUGAUUACUGUUCUCUUUUUUUAUUAGGUUAUCAUUGAAGUGACAGAAAUGUUGCACAAUGCAAGUUUGCUUAUAGAUGACAUCGAAGACAAUUCAAAACUACGGCGAGGUUUUCCAGUGGCCCAUAGCAUCUAUGGGAUACCAUCUGUAAUAAAUUGUGCCAACUUUGUGUAUUUCCUUGGCUUAGAAAAAGUUUUAACACUUGAUCAUCCAGAUGCUGUAAAAGUGUUCACCCGCCAACUGCUAGAACUUCAUAAGGGCCAAGGCUUGGAUAUUUACUGGAGAGACACCUAUACCUGUCCUACAGAAGCAGAGUAUAAAACCAUGGUUCUGCAAAAAACAGGUGGCCUUUUUGGACUAGCUGUUGGCCUCAUGCAAUUGUUCUCUAGCUAUAAGAAAGAUUUAAAACCACUCCUUAACACCCUUGGGCUCUUCUUUCAAAUUAGAGAUGACUAUGCAAACUUGCACUCCAAAGAAUAUAGUGAGAACAAAAGUUUUUGUGAAGACCUAACUGAAGGGAAGUUCAGUUUCCCAACUAUCCAUGCCAUAUGGUCUAGGCCAGAAAGCACUCAGGUGCAGAAUAUUCUGCGACAAAGGACUGAAAAUGUGGACAUAAAAAAAUAUUGUGUACAUUACCUUGAGGAUGUGGGUUCUUUUGAAUAUACCCGGAAAACAUUAAAAGAACUCGAGGCUGAAGCUUACAAACAAAUUGAAUCUCUUGGGGACAACCCUGAGCUUACAGCACUACUUGAAUAUUUAAGCAAAAUGUUCAAGGACGACGAGAACUGA